AUGGUUAGCACCAAGAAGCAAAAGAAGAAUCAAGAAAACAUUGCCUCCAAGUUGGCUCUUGUUAUGAAGUCAGGCAAGUCUCAACUCGGUUACAAGGCCUCCCUCAGAACCUUGAGAGCCGGUAAGGCCAAGUUAGUCCUUAUCUCUAACAAUUGCCCAGCUCUCCGUCGUUCAGAGAUUGAAUACUACGCCAUGUUGAGCAGAACCAACGUUCACCUCUACAACGGUAACAACAUUGAACUCGGUACCUCAUGCGGUAAGAAGUUCCGUACCUCCGUCUUGUCCAUUACCCACGAAGGUGACUCUGAUAUCCUUGCUUCAUUCGCCAAAUAA